AUGAAUGACAAAUUUCAAACUCCAUAUGUGAUUGCAUCUUCAGCAUCAGUGGAGAGUGAUUUCUCCGAUUUGAAAUCACGUAUCCUCCGUUUCGAAACGAAACCAAUGACUGCUGAUAGGUUUGUUGCCAAACAUCUAAAAUCAAUCGAAGGCAGCUCAAUUUUAUUUCGAAGUAGCCAGCUAAGACAUAAUCACAUAGAAAUUAAUAAGAAAUCUGUUAUGAAGGUGGAUGUUGAAUCAGACUAUAUAAUUUCAGAUUCAGAGACGAUAUUGCCAUCUUCAACAAAAACGAAUACACUAAUUCCUGUGCCGGAGGAAAUAAGUAUUGAAUCAAUCCAAAAGGAAAAAUUAAUACUAAAUGUUAGCUUUGAUUCGUUGGACAUCAAAAGAUUAGGGUCCGUUUCACCAAAUGAAUCGUACAUGCAUUUAGAAGGAAUUGAACCACUGACUAAAUUAAAUUCCAGCGAUGAUUCAACUUCCGAAAAAUCACUUGAUGAAUUUGAAAAUUGGGGUGGCUUAGGAAAGCCAAAUAUUCCAGUUUUUCCCAAAGGCUGUGAAAAUAAAUAUAAAAGAAAAAGGAAUACAACGUACAUGGAAAAAACUCCUGAAAUCGACAGAAUAUUGCAAAAAAAAAACACUCGGUCGAACUUGAACACCUUGCUUAUCAAUGGAAAUAUAGCAACACCAUUGCAUGUAGCCAAACAAAGAUAUAUUGUUAUGAACACGUGCCCGUUUGAUGCAUUAGCAGUAAUAAUAACUAUGGCAUAUACAGACUUUAAAACCUAUACGGCUUUUGUAGACUCUAGUGAAAACAACAUGUUGAGGUUUUGCAAAAGUCUUGCAUUAUAUGGACCAACCAAAAAAACAUACACAGAUCGACUCGAAUUAUUAAAACCGAUAUUUAAGAGCUCUGAUGAUAUUUCUCGUAUCAAAGUGAUUGAUGCUCAGUGUAAUGUAGCGUUCAUUGCAACAAAAUUAUUGGUAAACGCUCCAUCCGCAAUCGAAAAAAUACGGUGCACGACAGAUGGUUGUAAUAAUAAUAACAGAGAUAUUGAAAGCGCAACGUUAAUUUUAAGAUUUAAAGACGUUAAGAAUCUUCAAAAUUCAUUGGAUAAUUACACAAAGGAACAGGUUUAUGAAUGUGGUUAUUGUUAUAAGUUAUUAUCUUCAAGAAGAACUGUAAUGAACCACCUUUUGAUUGAGACAGAUACUUUGCCUGAAAAUCAAAGUAUUCCACUUUCGAUGUUUCCAACUCAAUUAGAAGCCGAAAAUGUCAAGUAUGUGUACAAUUUUUAA